AUGGCUAUAAGCAAAACUAUUACGAGGAAGUCUGGAAGUGGAGGAAUCAACAAAAAACGUACCAAAGCUUUUAUUAAAGCUCUCAAAUCCAAAAUCCUAGACGAUGCAACCGAUUCCAUGAGAAAAAUGGCAAUUGAACUUGAGGUAGACAACAAGACCAUUCGAAAUGCAAUAAAAUAUGAUUUGAGGUUAAAAUCAUCCAUAAGAACACCAAAACACUUGUUGACAACAGUUAUGAAGGAAAAGAGAUUGGAAAGGUGCAAGAAAAUUAUUACAUGUUUCAAGAAAAAGUCCUCCAUUGUAACGAUCUUUUCAGAUGAAAAGAUCUUCACUGUCGAUGCUGUUCUGAAGCGCAGAAAUGACAGAUCUAUCGCAAAACCGACAGCGGAGAUUAAGGGGACAUUCAAAACAAAACAUCCUGCUCAAGUUAUGGCUUUUGGUGUUGUGGCUUCCGAUGGAAAGAAAAUGCCUAUAAAAUUCUACAAAGCUGAUGAAAAGAUCAAUGUUAAUACUACAAGACUCUGA